CCUUCUUGCCGCCUCACUGUGACGUCAUUUCCUCUCCAACAUGGCGCAAGAGGCAGGUCGCUGAUGGCCAUCGGACGGGAUUGAAGCCCACCUUUUGUUUGUGUGUGUCUCUUUCUUUUCUCUUUUGUUUUGUCUUGGUUGCUGCUGGAGGAUCAACGUUGCAGUGUGGGGAAGCCAUCGUGUUGUGGGCAAAAGCCUCCCCCCACACCACCACCAUCACCUCUCCUCUCCUGAGACACACAUACCGCGCCCCGAUUCCGGUGCGUCAUGUUUGAGGGCAAAAAGACGAAAAACAUGUUCCUCACCAGAGCUUUGGAGAAGAUUUUAGCUGACAAGGAGGUGAAGAAAGCCCACCACUCCCAGCUUCGCAAAGCCUGCGAAGUGGCACUCGAGGAAAUCAAAGAGGAGUCGGGGAAAUUAAGCCCGCCCAGCGGAGAUGGAAAAUCGGGUUCGGCCACUUUGCCGCCAGUCAAAUCCAAGACCAACUUCAUCGAAGCCGACAAGUACUUCUUGCCGUUCGAGCUGGCAUGCCAGUCCAAAUGUCCCCGCAUCGUCAUCACCUCGCUCGACUGUUUACAGAAGCUGAUUGCGUACGGCCACCUGACUGGCAGUGCGCCGGACAGCACAGCCCCGGGCAAGAAGCUCAUCGACCGCAUCAUCGAGACCAUCUGCGCCUGCUUUCAGGGCCCGCAGACGGACGAGGGAGUGCAGCUGCAAAUCAUCAAGGCGCUGCUGACGGCGGUGACGUCGCAGCACAUCGAGAUACACGAGGGCACCGUGCUGCAGGCCGUGCGCACCUGCUACAACAUCUACCUGGCCAGCAAGAACCUCAUCAACCAGACCACCGCCAAGGCCACACUGACGCAGAUGCUCAACGUUAUCUUCGCCCGCAUGGAGAACCAAGCACUUACAAAUCACAAGCUAUCUUGGUCUCUGGCCUCCAGAAAGCGUGACCGCCAGUUGCAGGAGGCAAAACAGCUGGAACGAGAGCGGCUCCGGCAGCACGCCGAACCGGACUCGCCUCAAAUCCACACGCCGCCCAAGGCUCCCACCCGGGAGGCCAACGGUCCCAUCACCACCCCGAGCAUCACCGCCCCAUCCACCCCGACAUCGCCUUCCACGCCGGCGCCACAGGCCGACGAUGAGGGCGGAGGCGGGAGCAGCAGCCGCUCUUCGCCCAGAGAGUGCCGGCCCGUCUACGAGAGCCCCGAUCCGGAAAACGGCUCCGACUUCUGCAUGGCGGAGAACGAACAGACGGAGGCCGACCAAGCCGCAGCGGAACAGAAUGCAGCAGGCGAUGAGGAUGAGGAGGAGGAGGAGAAUCUAGUAGGGCCUAAUUAUGAGGAGAAAGCCCAGGAGAUCGUGCAGAGCAUCCUGCAGGAGGUGGUCAACACUGUGGCAGGAGGUAACUGCCUGGACCCAACCCACCUCUGCACGGACGCCAAAGAGCCGCCAGGCGAGGGCGAGCACACAGAGGUGGAUGCGGGCCCACCCGAGGCAGUCCCACAGGCUGCCCAGAACUCGCUGGAGGACGAGAGCACGCUGGCGAGCGAUGGCGAGCACGUUCACGCCAACGGCAUCCCCGGCACGCCCAUCUCGGCUAGCUUUGCGCCGUCGCUGCCUGAUGACAGGCUGUCCCUCUCGUCCACUGACACUCAGGAAUCGGGAGCGACGCCGGGACAGCCGCCGGGUGCCAAGUUCUCUCACAUCCUCCAGAAAGAUGCCUUCCUGGUUUUUCGCUCGCUCUGCAAGCUGUCCAUGAAACCUCUGUCGGACGGCCCGCCCGACCCAAAGUCUCACGAGCUGCGCUCCAAGGUGCUGUCGCUGCAGCUGCUGCUGUCCAUCCUGCAGAACGCCGGGCCCAUCUUCAAGACCAACGAGAUGUUCAUCAAUGCCAUCAAGCAGUACCUGUGCGUGGCGCUCUCUAAGAACGGCGUGUCGUCCGUGCCUGAGGUCUUCGAGCUGUCACUGUCCAUCUUCCUCACGCUGCUCUCGCACUUUAAGACGCACCUCAAGAUGCAAAUCGAGGUUUUCUUCAAGGAGAUUUUCCUCUACAUCCUGGAGACUUCCACGAGCUCUUACGACCACAAGUGGAUGGUCAUCCAGACCCUCACCAGAAUAUGUGCAGACGCUCAGAGCGUGGUGGACAUCUACGUCAACUACGACUGUGACUUGAACGCCGCCAACAUCUUCGAGAGGCUCGUCAACGACCUCUCAAAAAUAGCGCAGGGACGCGGCGGCCAUGAGCUGGGCACCACGCCCCCGCAGGAGCUGACCUUGCGAAAAAAAGGCCUCGAAUGCCUCGUGUCCAUUUUGAAAUGUAUGGUGGAGUGGAGCAAGGACCAGUACGUCAACCCCAACUCCCAAACGAGCCUUGGCCAAGAGAAGCCGUCGGAGCAGGAGAGCAGCGAGACUCGGGCCCCCGAGAGCAUCAACCGCUACGGCAGCAUCAACUCGCUGGACUCCACCGCCUCGUCGGGCAUCGGCAGCUACAGCACACAGAUGUCCGGCACGGAUAACCCCGAGCAGUUUGAGGUCCUCAAGCAGCAGAAGGAGAUCAUCGAGCAGGGCAUUGACCUUUUCAACAAGAAACCAAAGAGGGGCAUCCAGUACCUUCAAGAGCAAGGCAUGCUGGGUACAACCCCAGAGGACCUGGCUCAGUUCCUGCACCAAGAGGAGCGCCUUGAUUCAACUCAAGUUGGGGAGUUUCUCGGUGAUAACGAGCGCUUCAACAAGGAGGUGAUGUACGCCUAUGUGGAUCAAAUGGACUUCCAAGGCAAAGACUUUGUGUCGGCGCUGAGGAUGUUCCUGGAGGGCUUCCGGCUGCCCGGCGAGGCUCAGAAGAUCGACCGGCUCAUGGAGAAAUUCGCCGCCAGAUACCUCGAAUGCAAUCAGGGGCAAACCCUCUUUGCCAGCGCAGACACCGCCUACGUACUUGCCUACUCCAUCAUUAUGCUGACGACAGACCUUCACAGUCCACAAGUGAAGAACAAAAUGACCAAGGAGCAGUACAUCAAGAUGAACCGCGGCAUCAACGACAGCAAGGAUCUGCCCGAGGAGUACCUGUCGGCCAUCUAUGACGAGAUCGCUGGCAAGAAGAUAGCCAUGAAGGAGACCAAGGAGCUUACCAUCAAGUCCAGCAAGCAGAGCGUGGCCAGUGAGAAGCAGCGGCGUCUGCUGUACAACGUGGAGAUGGAGCAGAUGGCCAAGACGGCAAAAGCUCUGAUGGAGGCCGUCAGCCACGUGCAGGCGCCCUUCACUAGCGCCACCCACCUGGAGCACGUGCGGCCCAUGUUCAAGCUGGCGUGGACGCCCUUCCUGGCCGCCUUCAGCGUGGGCCUCCAGGACUGUGACGACACCGACGUGGCCUCGCUGUGUCUGGAAGGGAUCCGCUGCGCCAUCAGAAUAGCGUGCAUCUUCUCCAUACAGUUGGAGAGGGACGCCUACGUGCAAGCACUGGCCAGGUUCACGCUGCUUACCGCCAGCUCGGGCAUUUCCGAAAUGAAGCAGAAGAACAUCGAUACCAUCAAGACACUCAUCACGGUGGCACACACUGACGGAAACUACCUGGGCAACUCCUGGCACGAGAUCAUGAAGUGCAUCAGUCAGCUGGAGCUGGCGCAGCUCAUCGGCACAGGCGUGAAAGCGCGCUACAUUUCGGGGACUGUGCGCGGCAAGGAGGGCAUCAUGGCCAGCACUAGGGAGCAGAGCAACGACGAGUACCUGGGCCUGGUUGGCGGCACGGUGGAUCGCAAGCAGAUCGCCAGCAUCCAGGAAUCCAUUGGCGAGACCAGCUCUCAGUCUGUGGUGGUGGCUGUGGACAGGAUAUUCACAGGAUCGACCAGACUUGAUGGCAAUGCAAUAGUGGAUUUUGUGCGCUGGCUGUGCGCCGUGUCCAUGGAUGAGCUGGCCUCGCCCACGCACCCGCGCAUGUUCAGCCUGCAGAAGAUCGUGGAGAUCUCCUACUACAACAUGGGACGUAUCCGACUACAGUGGUCCAGGAUCUGGGAAGUCAUUGGGGACCACUUCAACAAGGUGGGCUGCAACUCCAAUGAAGACGUGGCCAUUUUUGCCGUGGACUCACUCCGGCAACUGUCCAUGAAGUUCCUGGAGAAGGGCGAGCUGGCCAACUUCCGCUUUCAGAAGGAUUUUCUGAGGCCCUUCGAGCACAUCAUGAAGAAGAACAGAUCUCCUACCAUCAGGGACAUGGUGGUGCGCUGCAUCGCCCAGAUGGUCAACUCCCAGGCGGCCAACAUCCGCUCGGGCUGGAAGAACAUCUUCUCCGUCUUCCACCUGGCGGCGUCCGACCAGGACGAGAGCAUCGUGGAGCUGGCCUUUCAGACCACGGGACACAUCGUCACGAAUGUAUUCGAGAAGCACUUUGCGGCCACCAUCGAUUCCUUCCAGGACGCCGUCAAGUGCCUGUCGGAGUUCGCGUGCAACGCCGCCUUUCCUGACACCAGCAUGGAAGCCAUCCGCCUCAUCCGACACUGCGCCAAAUACGUCUCGGGGAGGCCACAGGCCUUCAAAGACUACACCAGCGAUGACAUGAAUGUAGCGCCAGAGGACCGCGUUUGGGUGCGAGGCUGGUUCCCCAUCCUCUUCGAGCUGUCCUGCAUCAUCAACAGGUGCAAGCUGGAUGUACGGACCAGGGGGUUGACGGUAAUGUUUGAAGUGAUGAAGACGUACGGGCACACUUUCGAGAAGCACUGGUGGCAAGACCUGUUCCGAAUCGUCUUCAGAAUCUUCGACAACAUGAAGCUGCCCGAGCAGCAGACUGAGAAAGCAGAGUGGAUGACCACCACCUGCAACCACGCACUUUACGCCAUCUGUGACGUAUUCACGCAGUACUUUGAGUCCCUCAGCGACGUGUUGCUGGAUGACAUUUUAGCUCAGCUCUACUGGUGUGUGCAGCAAGACAACGAGCAGCUAGCCCGCUCGGGCACUAACUGCCUGGAGAACGUGGUCAUCCUGAACGGCGAGAAAUUCUCCGCCGAGACAUGGGACAAGACGUGCAACUGCAUGCUGGACAUCUUCAAAACCACCAUCCCGCACGCACUGCUAACGUGGAGACCAGCAGAAGGCGAGCACUUCGACAAGCAGCUGGAUUCUAUUUCUCUGAAGUCCUUGGACGACCAGCGCUCUGUCGGCAGCGUGGAGAGCCGUCGCCAGAGCCAGCAGAGCGGCGUCACCUCCACCCCCGGCGAGGACGCCGCCAGGGGCAGAAACUCCAUCAGGGUGCAGGAGCAGCGCUUGUUUGCCGCCUUGCUCAUCAAGUGCGUGGUGCAGCUGGAGCUCAUCCAGACUAUCGACAACAUCGUCUUCUUCCCCGCCACCAGCAAGAAGGAAGAUGCUGAAAACUUUGCCGCAGCGCAGCGCGAUGCGGCCUGCGCGUCAGACGUGGCGGCGGAGGCGCCAGACCAGGGUAUGUUCCGCUACCUGACGUCACAGCAGCUCUUCAAGCUGCUGGACUGCCUGAUGGAGUCGCACCGCUUCGCCAAGUCCUUCAACUCCAACAACGAGCAGAGGACGCUGCUGUGGAAAGCGGGGUUCAAAGGCAAGUCCAAGCCCAACCUGUUAAAGCAGGAGACGGGCAGCCUGGCGUGCGGCCUGCGCAUCCUCUUCCGCAUGUACACGGACGAAACGCGGCGGGACGCCUGGGAGGAAGUCGAGAGACGACUGUUAGACGUGUGCGGCGAGGCAGUGGCCUACUUCUUGGCGUUGACCUCGGAGAGCCACAGGGAGGCCUGGACCAACCUCCUUCUCCUCUUCCUCACCAAGGUUCUGAAGAUCAACGACCAAAGGUUCAAGGCUCAUGCAUCACGGUACUACCCGCUGCUAUGCGAGAUCAUGCAGUUGGACCUCAUCCCGGAGCUGCGCGCCGUCCUGAGGAAAUUUUACCUGCGGAUCGGCUCAGUAUUCGGCAUCGCACCCGAGCCGCAACCCCGGCCGGCGCUAUUAGAGAACUGCGCCAACCCAAAGGCGGCGGAGGAAGCUCAAUAACACCACCUGCCUGCAGCCUCCAGCCCUCCAUCUACCUUGGCUAUCAGCACGAAAAAAACAAAACAGUCUGGUUUGUAGCGAUUUCCUCCUCCGCCACCAUAUCUCCGAGCUGCUCGGACGGAAUCUAUUUUAAAAAUUUAAAAAAUGUGCUUCUUACUGUAUAUUCAAUGUAACUGAAUGAUUGCAAAGACAUACUCAAAAACCAUGAUGAAAUGUGACCUCUCUCUCUCUCUCCGCACCCCUAUGUGGUCAACAUUCAUAUCCAAAUGUAUAGAUGUAAGAAUCUGAUGACACUAGAUUUCUUUUUUUCUUUUUUUUUAUAUUUUAUUAUUAUUCGUCACUGCACUUGAGCUCCAUUCGGAAUGCACUGGAGAUUUGACAUUUUACCCCUCCGCUCCAGAUUUGACUGUAACAUCUCACCAGUAAGUGAAGGCUGCAUUAAAUUAUUCCAUUUUCAAUGUUGGUUUUGUUUUGUUUUUAACUGGAAGACGAGAUGCUAGCUGCUUAAAAAAACGAAAGACUAAUUGCUAUUAGUCUGUUUUCAUUUUUUACUUUAGUUUUCAUGUGUGUAUAAAAAAUCAAAAAUAAUAUAUUUAAUUUUUUCUUGGGUUUUGGGAGGUAGUGAUGUGUAUAGAGAGAGAGAGAGAGAGAGGAUGAGUGAUGUUAGCUGUGCUUUAUGUGCGAAUGGGAUGCAUUCCUGCUCAUGGAUGUAGAAAACAAAUGUAUAUGAUGCAGCAAUGUAAAGUUUUCUAUGUUGCAAAAAAGAUAUGUACAAAUUUGUGUACAUCCUCUGGCAUUCUAAUCAGGUUCUAGGUCAAUAAAGUUUUUUUGAACUUGG